AUGUCAUCUGUUUUGGAGAAAUCCGUCGUGAUAACAUCUGUUGCUGAAGUUCAGGUGGUGUCGUGGGUAGUGUGCCUGCUCAUUGACUUAACAACUGCCCCCAUCUCAGCGGCUGACGCUCAACUAACCAUCUGUGCAAACGACAGCAACUUUACCAGACAACCCGUCUCCGAUGAAGAACGUCAGUGGUACCUGGAUCACCUCCAAGAAGAGACAACAAGAGUCAUGAUCCCCGCGAUUGUGUUCCUCACACUUCUGGCUUCGUCUGGUCUCAUCGGCAACACACUGGUCAUCAUUGUAUACGCCCGCAAGCCUCACUGGACAGGGACAGUGGUGUUGGUCAUCACUCUUGCAGUGCUGGAUCUGGUAGCUAACAUUAUCGCCAUACCCGCUGAGAUAUACGACAUGUUUCACACAUGGGACUUCAACAACCCGCAUUUGUGCAGAGCUAGGCUCUUUACUUCAGCUUUCACAACACUCAGCGCGGGCAUGAUUUUAGUUGCAAUCGCGGUGAUAAGGUAUCGAAAAGUGUGCUGCCCACAUCGGUGGCAAAUCAACCCUAGGGACGCAAAGGUGAUCAGCAUCGUUGUGUCUUUGCUUGGAGCUUCGUUUUCUGCGCCGUAUGCUUUCAUCAAGGGUCGCAAAAAAAAACCGACACCUUACCCUGAUAUCGUGGCGUACGAAUGCACAACGGAUGACGAGUACGCCAACACAAUUUACCCAUUGGUCAUCUACGUGUUUUUUCUGAUGCUGUACAUUGCUUGCUCUAUUUCCGUCUCAGUACUGUACAUUCUCAUAGGGGCAAAAGCCUGGAAACACAGUAAAAUGUACGGCGGUGCCUCUCCGGCGGUAUCCAUGUAUCCGUCACCGUAUACAAAUAGUUAUAGGGGCGAUUCAAACGCUGUUGAGCGAUGCUGCAACCAAAAUAAAUGUAACUGCACUAGGUGUGAAAGUCCUUGCAGCAGCAGUGUAAAUAUGUCGACAAGACCCUAUACCGCUGGUCAGAGCUCUAGCCAUUUUGACAAUUAUGAAAUGAAAUGGUUUCGGGUAAGUAGCGAGAAGAAUGAAGCCCCAAUUCGGUGUAAUAUCCCUAUUUUCUCAAAUGGGAUUGAAGUUCAUGCUCCGGUGGUAGCUGAGUUGUUUGUUCAGUUACACAAAACACAACUUGCUAUAAAGAACCAUUCUUGUCAUGAAAACAGACAAUAUAAUGCAGACAAUAGAAAUACCAAUCAGACACGUUAUGGAGAAGACAUGCGGACUAACAAUAUUAGAAUGACUUGUGGCAAAGACUCUGAUGUCAAAAUAAAAACAGUAAAAUUUAACCUUGGCGAUACUGACACAAAUGAGAAAAACACUGACAACUGCACAGAUGGAUUUCAUAAUGCAGAAUAUAAACUGAAAGCAACGACGACAAAUGACACAUCUGUGAACUUUUUUCACUCAAAUAAACCUUCAGUAAAAACUGUUUCUCUAUACGACAAAUGUGUUCCAAGUUUCAAGAGAGUAGAAAACGACAGACGUUAUUUUCCUGUUGGUAGGACAACCGUUAUGUUAUUUAUUAUUAGCGCCUUCUACAUCCUUUGUUAUCUUCCUCAUUUAACAAUAAUGUUUAUUCAAUUAAUAGAUAAGGAUGCAUUUAAAAACAGAUCUACAACAGACUGCAUAUUCUAUCAUCUUUUCCUGCGUACUUUUUUCAUAAACUGCGCCGUUAAUCCUAUUGUCUACAGUUUGUUUGAUGGCAACUUUCGACGAGAGUGUUUCAAAAUACUUCGAUGUUCGUUCACACAUAAUAUGGACAUUUACUGA